AUGGCGCAGGCGAUAUUGUUUGCCACAGAGACAGAAAGGCAUACAGUAUCCGCGACAGAAUAUUUUAGUGCAAAGAGGGAGGAUAUUGUUUAUACCUCCAUCUGCAAUGACUGCCGCAACCGCCCUGCAACGCCUGACAUCAGCCUAAACACCAGCCUAAACUUAGAAAAUGUCGCGCAGUCGACUAUGCUUGAGGCAUCCGAGGAUCCUGCUUUGCUUCCACGGUUCGACAUUUCGCACGAUUUCGGAUUGUCCGACGUGUCAGCGUCAGAAGACAUAGCGCUCACCCGAACGUCCGAGUUCGAGCCUUUUGAUUUGACAAGAGCCGAAGUGCAACCGCCCGUUGUGAUCGACGAACGUAAUCUUCCAGAGCCAGCUGUAUCCGACAGUGUACUAACUCAGCCCGAAACCAUAGAAUACACCGUUGUAGGCGCAGGAACCAAAAGAGGCAAACCAAAGCUAGUAUCCUCCGAUGGAUAUUCAUUUACGUUUAAGAAACAGACAAAGAAGCAAGCUGUGUGGCGAUGCAGCGUGCGACGGAAAGCGUUCAUGUGUACCGCGUCGGUCACGCAAGAGGGUGACAUAUUUCAAGCGAAAGGGACUCACACUCACGCUGCUGACCCUUCGAUGCGAAAGAAAGUGGAAUUGAAACGUAAUUUGAAGACAGCGGCCGUGGCUGAUGUGUUCGCGGCCUCCCGUAGAUUGGUUGAUGACCAUAUGAAAGUUUUCGAGGCCACAGAUUUUAACCUGCCCAAGCCGCAGACAUUGACGAGGAUCCUCAACCGUGCCCGAGAAAAGCAUCGGCCAACAGAUCCAUCAUCACUUGACUUUGAGGUAAAUUUAUGAGAUGAAUUGCUCAUUUUCAAUAUACGUAUAAUAUACAAACAUUGUAUUUAUUUCUAAUAUACAAAAAAUAAUGGUUA